CAGAACUCGGAACCAAAAUGACAAAUCCUAUAAAGGCAAACCUAUUUCUGUGUAGUUGAGUGGUUGUAUGCAAAGGCAUCGUUUUGGAAGAACAAGGGCAUAUGAGAAAAAACAUACUAAUCAAAUUAAACAGCGAAGAAGAGUUUCAAAUUUAUUGCUUCGAAUCUCCAGCUUCGUCAGGGAAGGAUAAAAAAACCAAGGAAGAUUUUCACACGUAUUAGUGUUUGUACGAGCUAGACUCACGUACGCAACUAUCACAAACCUUCAUAAACCGCCAAAAUCUUUGUUUUCAUGCGCAGGAAAACAGCAUAACGUGUGGUCUCGGGGGAACCAAAAACUGUGAAAUUCUGAAGCCACUAGGCCUUUUAAAAACCAAACUAAGGAAGACGGUUUAGACAGAGAGUACUUCAAGCUAAGAAAAUGGAAAGUGGGGUUGUGGCUGUGAACAACAACAUCAACAACUAUGAAUCCAAGGCAACUUCCACCAUCACCAUUAAGGGCAUUCUCAGCCUUCUAAUGGAAAGCAUUGAUGAUGAGAAUUGUGAUGGUGGUGGAAGCAAGAAGAGAGUUAUUUCUCUUGGUAUGGGUGACCCAACUCUCACCACAUUGUUCCACACACCAAAGGUUGUUGAAGAGGCUGUCGCUGAUGCUCUUCAGUCUCGCAAGUUUCAUGGCUAUGCUCCCACUGCUGGACUUCUCCAGGCUAGAAUUGCAAUUGCUGAAUAUCUAUCUCGUGACCUUCCUUAUCAAUUAUCACGAGAUGAUGUCUUCAUCACUUGUGGAUGCACACAAGCCAUUGAUGUUUCGGUGGCGAUGCUUGCUCGCCCUGGUGCAAACAUCUUGCUUCCAAGGCCAGGCUUCCCAAUCUAUGAACUUUGUGCUGCAUUUAGAGGGGUUGAAGUGAGGCAUUAUGAUCUGCUUCCAGAGAAAGGUUGGGAGGUUGAUCUAGAUGCUGUUGAAGCUCUUGCUGAUCAGAACACAGUGGCGUUGGCGAUCAUAAACCCUGGGAAUCCUUGUGGGAAUGUGUACAGUUACCACCAUUUGGAGAAGAUUGCUGAAACUGCAAAACGGGUUGGAACAAUUGUGAUCUCUGAUGAAGUUUAUGGUCACCUUGCAUUUGGGAGCAAGCCUUUUGUACCGAUGGGAGUUUUUGGCUCUACUGUUCCUGUUCUCACUCUUGGCUCACUUUCUAAGAGAUGGAUAGUUCCUGGGUGGAGGCUUGGUUGGUUUGUGACAAAUGAUCCAUCUGGCACUUUUAGAGAACCAAAGGUAGUCGAGCGUAUCAAAAAGUAUUUUGAUCUUCUAGGAGGUCCAGCAACCUUCUUGCAGGCUGCUGUACCUCAGAUAAUUGCAAAUACCGAAGAAAUUUUCUUCGAGAAAACCAUUGAUAAUUUGAGGCAUACAGCAGAUAUAUGUUGUAAAGAGAUAGAGGAUAUUCCCUGCAUUUUUUGCCCUUACAAACCAGAAGGAUCCAUGGCUAUGAUGGUGAAAUUAAACCUUUCACUUCUGGAAGAUAUUAGUGAUGAUAUUGACUUCUGUUUCAAACUUGCAAAGGAGGAAUCUGUGAUCAUUCUUCCAGGAACUGCAGUAGGCCUAAAAGAUUGGCUUCGUAUUACUUUCGCUGCUGAUCCAUCUGCUCUUGGAGAGGGUAUGAGAAGGAUAAAAUCUUUCUAUCAAAGGCAUGCAAGAAAAUUGUAAAGCUAUAGUGAAUUCACUUAUAAGUAAAAUUACUAAAUAAAUGGCCCUUUACUACUAGUAUACUACACAAGAAUUGAAGAUUUUAUUUCAAUAUAGCAUACAGUCUCAUUAGGAAUGGACCAAUUAACUGGACAUUGCAACAUAAUUAAGAGGCAAUCCUCUUUAUAUUGAAGCAUUAUCUUUAUUCAAAUACUAAACGGUUCAUGUUCAGUCUUUUUAAUCUAUAAAAAAGUAUAUAGAUGGAUCAUCAAUAA